AUGUCUCGGAGAGAUUCGUAAGUUUGUAAAUUUUGUACUUUUAUUGGUUUUAAUGUUAUAUACAAUGUUAUUGUUUCAGAAAGGUAAACGAAGCCAAUGAGUUCCAGAAGUUUAUGCGUUUCUUCUGUGUUCGCUUCGUCCAAGCUGUCGUUCAUUCGAGAAUGGACGUUCCUUUAGAUCAGCCAUGUAUUCCAGACCCAGAUAAUAUUGAAUGGUUUAAUUUUAAACAAGAUGAGUUUGGAGAAGUAUCUGCCUACUUGAAGACAACUUGUAAAAAGUAUGUUUUACUUUCUUUUUCUUAUAUACGCUUUAGGUAUCCACCUCAAAUCCCAGCUUUGACUGUUGAAUUCUUCCUUCACACUGCUGGAGGAGACAAUCUGCCGUUGGAAGCAUGGUAAGUAUAAAUCUUUAAUUUUAUUAUUAAAAUUUAGAUCGUAAAUGGACUGUUCGCUGGGCGAAAAAAAUUUUAUGGGGUUUUUCCUGCUAAUUGAUCCUUAUCAGAAAUACAAAUUAUUGUAUUGUAAGAUAAACUAGUAUAUUUUAGGGUAGUAAGGGUUUUACAAAUGGAAGUGGACGAGAAUGUCAAUAUAUAUUCAAAUUUUUACCAUCAGUUGGGGACAUUGUUGAAGUCUGUAUGUGCUGCAGCUCGCGUUACACCUACAGCUCGGCAUUAUGUUAAGAAUCAAAGCGACAAAACUUAUGUUUUGUGUUAUAGAGUAAGUUCUUUAUUGUUUGCUUUAAUUUGGACUUUUAGUAUUUUGUAUUUUUAGGAGAAUUUACAGUGAUAUUAACGAUGUUUUAUAUAAUAUACAUUGUUUUAGGUGUCAGAUACUGAACCAGAUGUAGAGUUACUAGGCCCAGAAAGGAAGUCAAUGACAUUAGGCAAUUAUCCAUCUCCGUUUGGGGCAGUCCAGCUAGACUUUCACUAUAGGACAAAAAUGGAGUUAUCUCUGCCACCAUACAUGGAAGACAGCAACUAUAACAAUGUUCAAGAUGACAAAGGUGGUAUCUUCGUGAAAGCUUCCAUUCCAAUUAAUAAGCCGUUUGAACCAAAACAGAGAUUGGUUCUGUCCAGCGAUUCGAAGCCUAAAGCUAAAAAUUGGUUCAACCCUUUGACUGAUGUAAGUUUAUUUGCUCCUGAUCUACUACAAUAUUAGUUAAAAAUAAAUCUUACAAAAUAUAAGAAUUUUGACUAGUUUCUUUAUGUGGAACUUAUAAAUGAAUUUCUAGGAGUUACCUUUUAUCGGCGACAUGAGUCGGCCAAGAAAUCCGUCAGCAAGUUCAGGAGGAUCAGAAGGCAUUCCGGCUAUUUACCAGAAUCUUCCAGCCGAGUUGUUGGCUGCUAUGCCUCAGGAGAUCAAGGCAAGAGUUUCCGAAAGUGAACUGGCUCCAAAUUCAUUGGAUUCACAGAAAGUAAGUUGAAAUUGUUGUAAUUUUUUGGAUACUUUAGAACAUCGUUUGUAUUUUAAAAUGCUUUAUAUAAUGCCACCACACAAUAUAGUAUAAGUUAAAAUAUUUUAGAGCCAAAAGAAAGAGUUUCCAUUUUCCUCGUUAGCAAGGUCUACAGAUUCUGGCGACAACACCAGCGUGAAAGCCAAAGACCUUAACGCUUCAAACGACCUUCAAUCGAUUACCAGCAGUUCUUCUGGCUCUAAACAGUACGACAGUGGAGCCUCGUCCUCAGCAUCGUCAUCUCUAAGAGACAUGGUUAGAAACAAACAGAGGAUACAAGAUGAACUCUUUGGAUUCAUCGACGAAGACGAAGAUUACUCUAUCCCUUCAACGUCUUCUCCAUCCACAGUCCUACCUCCAAUUGCAACAGAUGUAGAUGGCUUUGGAGACGAUUUGAAUAUCUUUGUGAAGGAGAUGUCAUCUGCUCCAUCAUCUAUAAAGUCAUUUGACAUGGAGGACAUGAACUUGAUCGACAAACAAAUCGAGCAUUUCAAAGGAAAAACAAGCGUGUUGGACAACUUUGUACAGUCUAUGAAAGUUUAA